AUGGUACAUAGGAAUUGUUUUGAAGCUAUUGACUGCAUGUUACAAGAUAUACUACAAAUUGAAGAUCCUCAAAAUGCUGAAAAACCUUUUGGUGGUAAAGUUGUAGUUCUAGGGGGUGAUUUUCGACAAAUACUUCCAGUUGUGAGAAAGGGAAGACGAGAAGAUAUAGUCCAAUCCUCAAUUAGCAAGUCAUAUCUAUGGAAUGAUUGUCAUGUCUUUAAACUCCAAACAAAUAUGAGGCUUCUACAGAACAAUAUGAGUGGAAUAGAAACAUCAUCUAUAAAGGACUUUAGUGAGUGGAUUCUUAAAAUAGGUUUGGAAAAUAAAUACACAAAUCCAAGUUACCUACAGGAUAGGGCAAUUCUUGCCCCUACAAAUGAAGUUGUAAAAGAACUAAAUGACUACAUUGUGUCGUCCUUAAAUGGAGAAGUUCAUGAAUAUCUAAGUUCAGAUUCUAUAUGCAAGGCUUCUUCAAAUGUUCCUGACCAAGAUCUCCUGCAUAUGAUAGGAAAUAAAGCUUUGUUCAAGACACUCUUUGAAGGAAAGAUUGGGACAGUCACGUUUGGAGAUGGAAGUAAAUCUAUGAUCAGAGGCAUUGGAGUUGUGGUCAUUCUAGGGUUGCCAGUUUUUGAAGAUGUCUGGUAUGUUGAUGGGUUAAAGGCUAACUUACUCAACAUGAGCCAAAUUUGUGACAAUGGACUAAAUGUUCUCUUCACUAAGUAUGAAUGUGAGAUACUUGAUGGAGGAGGUGACUGUAUGUGUAUUGGUGUGAGGACAGCUGGCAACUGUUGUGGUAUAACACCUAGUAUAAGCAACAAGUGUUUCAGUGCAAAGAUCAAUCAAGUAGACUUAUGGCAUCAACGGCUAAGACAUGCAAGUCACAAGCAAUUAGAGAAAAUUUCCAAGUGUGAUGCAGUUAUUGGUUUGCCUAAGUUUAAGAAGAUAUAA